AUAAAACAACAUAACUUCAAUGGAUUUACUACAAACCACACCUAUUAAACAACAAAUGUAAUGCUUCCCCUUACAAAAUGUGAUAUUGUCCACUAUCGAUCGAAUAUGAUCAUACAUUGAUUAUAAUCAGAACGGUACGAUAUGUACAUCAUUUUCCAAAAAGCCGCCAAUUUCGCUGGCGGUUGAUUGACGCGAUUGAUUGACGCGCUUGUUGCCGAAACGCCACUCUGUCUAACGGGCUGUGGUGCCUGCUAUCUGGUGUCGAUUUUAUACUGCCCAAAACUGAUUUUCGAGAAUUAGAGAGAAUUCCAACAAGUGGUUGCAUGCCGUCUACUGUUUGCACAGCCCGAUGUGAUAGUUUCGCUACCCGCAUUUCGACCACCGAAUUUUGUCUGCACAAGUCGGAUCUGCCGCUAUCUUGCAACAUGUCAUGCAGCUCCGCACGAAAGUUGUUUAAACUAUUUCCGAUGCCGGACAACAGUUCCGGGAAGAUGUAUGUUUCCCGAACACGGACAGUUUUGCUAUUUGGCAAACAUUAGCGCACAUGUCAACCGACACUCACGGAUCACCUAGUUUAUUUUGGGCUUGCAGGCUUCCAUCAGACGCUUAAAUCAUGUUUAUUUGUUUUGCUGCCUAAAAAUUGGUUUUGUUUGUUUGUGAUAAAAAUCUGGUUUUACUUUGCCGGUGAGUGCGGCGGUACACAUUAACGAAGAAGUCUUUGGCGUCUGACAUGCGGCAAACAUACGGCGAUAGGGCAUAAUACAUUGUUAAAUGUUCAUAAGAAGCAGAUACAUACAGCUGUGAGGUAAAGCAAAUAAAAGAAAAACGACAACCAUGCACGACAGGGGCAAGCAUUUAUAGUUCUAUUUUUUUUUAAUGGGUUUGAUGAUCAUCAUGGUAGCAACUUUGAUACCUUCUAUUUGAUACGUUAUAUUUCAACCCUUUGUUAUGCAAAUUUGUCAAUUCUAUUUCACGAAAGCAUUAGCUAUUAUUAAAAACCAAAUAUCAUAAUAGAUAGGGCCCUCAGCUUUUUUGCAUAACAAUAACUAAAUUUAGUUUUAAAAUUUCCUUCUAUCAUCAUUUUACACUUAAAAUCACUUCUAAAUGCAGUAAAACGCAUUUUUGUAUCGGAAAUACAUAAUGGAUUUGUGAAACGGAAAACAAAUUCAACCGAACGUUCGCAGCCUACAGCUGCCACAGUUGAACUCACCCUUUUCCCAAAACACACGAUUCAUAAAACGAGUGGCUGCGUACUGCCUCACGCCGUGCCAAAAAAUUUUGACACAUGCAAUGAAUAAUUUCGUGUCCCUGCGUGCUUCCCGGCAAUCUCGGUCACGAAAAUGACCAAAUGAAAUAAUCUUAAUAGUUCUAAUAUGAAAAUAAACAAUUCUAUCACAAUUGGUUUUUAACAUCCAACCGGUAAUUUCAACCCCCUUGCGUCACAUCCAACGCAAACAGCUGUACAAACCUUGACCAAAAACAUAAAACAGCCAUCCCCUUGCUGGUGCCGCUGUGUUGGUGAGCUCGGUUCCGUUCGUCUGUGUUGUGUGUACCACCAGCAGAAGCAGCAGCACAAGCAGCACCAGUAGCAUAGCAGAAGCAUAACUUUCUCGUCCUUUACACCGUCGAUGACACACAAAAGCGUGCAGAGACACAAAGUGCAACAUUUUUAAAGGGGGGCACAGCAGGGCAGUGAGUGUGCGUGGUGUGGUGUGGUGCGGCAGAUGCUUCUAGUGGGUGUGCUGCUGCUUUGUGUGGUGCGGCUGAGCGUUUGUGCAGAAAAAAAGAAAACGUCUUAUCCACCAAACGCGUUCGCGUGCUCUCUCUCUUGUUCCGUCGUGUUGUACACGCAAUCGCCGCCGCUCUACCACACGGCGUAACUUUUCCAGCCAAACUAGCAGUGCAAUGAAGUGGUAGUUCCGUUCGGGUUUUAAUGGAGUGUUAGAAGGAGUAUUUAUUGAGCGGAUAUAGUGCUCCGUCCCCCCGGGAAAGUUCUUAAAUUCCAGUGUUUAAAAAAAAAAGGGAAGCCGCCCAGUGUGUGUUAAAAGUGACCAGAGCAACAACGGUUACCAAGCAAAGCAGGCGGCACGCUGCCGAAACUGUUGAUAUCAUCAUCAAUCGUGAAGAUCGAAUUUCGUGUGCGUUCCUUUUUCCGAUACCGGCCGCAUUGAGUGCGCGUGAAAGUAGUGGCGUGGAACGCUAUUUCCACCUUCUCUUCCUCUCUCCUUUUCAAAGUGUAUAUGUGUGUGUGAGUGCGUUUUACGGCGUGCAACCGUUAAAAGCAUAAAUUUUAAUCGACCCCAAAAACCCCCCAAUCCGCCCCAAGUGGCACGGUUCAAUUCUGCCAGUAGCCCGUGCUUCGUGUUAAAACCUGAAAAGUUAAAACCAUUCAACCUGUGUAUGUGUGUGUGUGUUUGUGAUUGCGUGUGGAAAUAAAUUUCCCUUUACCGCCGUGCGGGAGGGUACACACACACACAGUGUGCCUCGAUACGCUCGUAGGCCGGCAGCGGUCCAUUAGAACAGUGCGGUGCGCGCCCAUUUCCCACACGGACGCCGACCGUCGCGGGUCCGGGGGCCGUCGAAAUUAUGUUAAAAGUGAUUUACAUCCUCACGAUUGCCGGUUGUUUACACACGCCAGUGACUUUCGGUCGGGAACAGCAGCAGCAGCAGUACCAGCAGCAGCAGCAGCAGCAGCAGCACCAGCAAAACCAACCGAACCAUUACACCUCGGACACAUCCAAUGGGCUGACAUUUACACCGUCCGGUACGGCCGGAUACGCCCGCACGGCGUCGACGGGCAAUGGCAGCAGCAGCAACAGCUACUCACCAAAUGGCAAGUUUAAGCGGCGAAAGAAGACGGAAAAGCUGCAUCAGCAGCAGCAGCAGGAUGCGCUCGAGGAGGACACGAUCGAGCCGGGCGUGUGCCAGGUGUACACCGGCACCACCUGCGAGCAGUACCUCCGCAACCAGACCGUCUUCGUGACGCCCGACAUCACGAUGGAGAUACUGGAGGAGCGACUAAAGUCGGCGUACGGCGUGAUCCGCGAGUCGAAAGACAUGAACGCCAACUGUCGCGUGUACGCACUGCCUAGCCUGUGCUACAGCAUCCUGCCCGUCUGCCGGACGCCCGAGCUGACCAACCAUCAGUACUUUGCGAACCGUGCGGCCGCCGAAGCGGCCCAGCGGGCCGCCACCAUCGGCCGGGGGAAGAUGCGAGCGCACGAGAAGAAAAACAAUCGCAAGCAGCUGCUGGUGAAAGCGGCCCUUUCGACAGUCACAACACCGUACGAAGAGCGCGGCAAUGGGACACUCACCACCACGGAACGUCUGCGGGUGUACUUUAGCGGUGGCGUAACGCCCGAUCUCGGCGGGCGCUUUUUCGACGGUGAAAUUGUGACGGAAAACUCGUUACCACCGCGGUACGAUAAUGCGCGCCGCGGUCGACGAGCUGCCGGCCAUCAGCAGUACGUGCAGCCGGGCGAAGAAAUAACCGUCCUAUCGUACACCUCAUCCUCGUCGGGGCCGAAAAAAUCCUACCCACCAACGCGGAACACGGAAAACCUGCGGCGCAUCUGUCGCAACGACUGUGAGCUGCUGGAAAACGAGCUGUGCCAGAAGGAGUACGCUAUUGCGAAGCGACAUCCAACCAUCGGGCAGAAGCUCCCACUGGAGGAGUGCGACGAUCUGCCACUGCAGAAGAGUGUCGAUGGGACGAUCCUGAACGGCAUCGGAGGGCUAGGGAGUUCGGGCGAUAUGGAGUGUAUGCGGUUGGGGAUUGAUUUGGACAUUAAACCGAACGAUGAUUGCUACUGGGAGAAUGGUGCUAGCUAUCGGGGCAUCAUGGACCGGACGAAGUCUUCGAAAAUUUGUAUGCGCUGGUCGAAGCUGAUGCACACCAUGUCGGAAUUUCCACAUCUGGCCGGUCACAACUACUGCAGAAAUCCACCACACGCCGGUCCAAUGGAUGCACCCUGGUGCUACGUGGACAUGCAAAAAACCAUCGAGUACUGUGACAUCCCAAAGUGCUCGGAGCGAAUGUGGAUGUACAUCAUCAUCGGGUUCGUCGCCGUCAUCUCGCCCCUCUUCAUCGGUAUUGGCGUGUUUUGCUGCCGAAAGUAUCGCAAACAUGGCGUCUCGAACAUCCAAAAUAUCAAUCUACCUAACGCGGACAAGAACAUCUACGGUAACUCGCGGCUCAAUUCUCCAAUCGAGAUGACCUCCCUUAUUGCUAACCAGUCGUCUACGGGGGCCGCUAGUCGUAAUGCCGAAAACGGUGGCAUUCAGGGGUUAACGACGGGCCAGCCCGGGAAUGGCCAUAACCCGGGCCAAUCGUCUCAGUCGCGUAACAACGGUAUCUCGCGCGUCCCACAGUACACACUGCAGGACGUACGGUUCGUGGAGGAGCUGGGCGAGGGUGCUUUCGGCAAGGUGUACAAGGGUGAGCUAACGCAGAAGAACGGCGAACGAAUCUUCGUUGCGGUGAAAGCACUAAAAGAGAAUGCGAGUGCUAAAACGCAGGCAGACUUCAAGCGGGAGAUUGAACUGAUAUCGGACCUGAAGCAUGACAACAUCGUGUGCAUUCUGGGGGUGGUGCUGAAGGAGGAACCACUCUGCAUGCUGUUCGAGUACAUGGCCCAAGGUGAUCUGCACGAGUUCCUGAUCGCCAACUCACCGAACGAGGGGAAAUCGCUUAGUCAGCUGCAGUUUCUACUGAUAGCACAACAGAUCUGCGACGGAAUGGAGUAUCUUGCAAGUCAUCAUUACGUGCAUCGGGAUCUGGCAGCCCGGAACUGUCUGGUGGGUGACAACUUGACGGUGAAAAUCUCCGACUUUGGGUUGUCGCGUGACAUCUACAGCUCGGAUUACUAUCGUGUUCAGUCAAAGUCACUUCUUCCCGUACGCUGGAUGCCUUCGGAAUCAAUUCUGUACGGGAAGUUUACCACCGAGAGUGACGUUUGGUCGUUCGGUGUGGUGCUGUGGGAAAUCUACAGCUACGGUCUGCAGCCGUACUACGGAUACAGCAACCAGGAGGUGAUCAAUAUGGUACGCGCCAGACAGUUGCUACCGUGUCCCGAGUCCUGCCCAAGUGCUGUCUACUCGCUGAUGGUGGAGUGCUGGCACGAGCAAGCAGUACGACGACCCACGUUCCCAGAGAUUGGCCAUCGGCUGAAGAUAUGGUACCAAGCGCAGAAAAGAAGUGAACAAAACGAACAGGGAGGUUUCAACCGCAAGGGCUCGAUGCUGAGCGUCAACACGAAUCGCAUGUCCUCGCAGGGCAACUUGAACAUUGCCACCCCGUCGUCCUCAUCCAGCCAUCACUCGCUGAGCCGGGAGCGUAAUGGAGACGGCCGCUCCGAUCAGCAGCUGCAGAUGCAACAACAACAACAACAACAGCAAGCCCAACCACUGCUUGCCCAAUCGCAGCAGCGCAAACAUCAUCAUCAUUCGUUGGAGCGCGAAAAAAUCCUACGAACAAAUCAAUUACAACAUCAACAGCAGCAACAGCAACUGCAGCAGCAGCAACUUCAGCAAGCUGGACCACCUCAUACGGUCACUUCCCGGCCGCAUCAUCAACAUCACCAGCAUCACCAUUCGCUGGACCGUAGCAACAGUGCGGCGGCCGGCCGGCUGGACGAAUCGAACGCCUCCGCUGGCGAUCAGUUCGAGACGCAAAGCAACCGCAGCUUCUACCACAAUGCGAGCGCAAGUCGAAGCAACAAGAGCAUUCACUCGAUGCAGGAACCGGGUCAGCACCAUCACACCAGCAACCACCAUGCCCAUCCGCACCAGCAGCAGCACCAUGGGCACCACGGCGGCCAGCAGCAGCCAUCGAUGGGACACCCGCAGGGAUACAAAAACUUUAGCCUGCCGCGGAAAAGCAUCGACAGCGGGCACGAGUACGGGCUGGACGGUGCGUCCGGUGCGGAUCUGGCCAGCCUGGCUGCCGCCAGCUGCAGUCCCGGCUAUCCGGCCGCCGGCAACCGGGCGGAGAUGAAGGCACGCCCACCAAAGGACCCGCACCGGCAUCACCACCAUCAUCACCAUCACGGUUCGGGCCGAAGCAGCCGGAAUCUGAUCGAUGCGGUUGCGGCAGUUGGCAGCUCUAUCUCGUCGCUGCCCGGUAGCAGCGAUCUAGCGUCCUAGCUAGACCGCCAGGCACAGCACAUACCAAAGAACAGCACACAGUCACUGGUUGCCGGUCAGCAGCAACAGCAGCAGCCGAUGGCUGGAGCAGCACAACCACCGAUGCCACCGAUCGGGCGCAAACCGAGCCACAGCGGUAGCAUCCUCAGCGUGGCCAGCAGUACGAGCGAGCAGGCGUGUGGGAUCAGUUCCUUUCAGCCCGGUUUCAGCUCACCCGCGCCAACAGUGACGGCGAACGGAGUCGUCACUGGUGUUGGAGACGCACCAAUGCUGCCACAGAGCGCUCUAAUGCAGUCGUCUUACCACGAAGGCUAAUGCGUUUCAUUUCAGAAAAAAGGCCGUUUUAUCAACUAGCGUAGCGUAGAUAAGGAUAAACAGAUACUCCCCACACCACAUCAUCCCCAGUGCAUAUGUUCUACAUGUCACCUCCUGUGUGGCAUAGAACACAACCAGAUAUAGAGAGAGCGUUGGCAGUUGGCAGUAGGCAAGUUCGGUUUCAUUUCAAUUCACAUACAUUGCAAAACCCGCUCAAAACCACAGCACCGGAUCCUUCACUCUGGAUGGUGUGCCAUGUUUCUCGAUCUCAAACAUUGGACUGCUAGUGCAUUAGGAAUUAGGCGUUAGGGAAUGGGACACACCACGUGUUCAUUCAUUUUCCAUUAAAAUCUCAUUUCGUUUGUAUGUGCCACGCAUCUUGGCAGGAUGUGCUGCUUCAGACGCUUGGAAGUUCGCACAUCCGAGGCUGUUCCAUAGAGUAGACAUCGGUAGCUAUUGCUACAUCCCCACAACAAACACAUCUUUACCAUUUCCCACUCUUUAGAACUGAGCAUAGGUAAAUUAAUUCACUGUUUUAAGGUACGGAAGCUCCAGAAGAGCGAAUGUCAAAUGAAGAAAGAACCUCAAAGCAGAUACUAGCCCGCAGUUCUCUACUAGCUCAUUUUUUCGACUAAUUUAUUAUCAUCUUAAGUUGUAUUGUAAGCCACGAAAAGGGGAGGUAACUGAAACGACCGUCUACGUGUAUCCGUGCACUCUACGCGGUGCAUUUGGAUGACAUUUUUAACCCGCACCCAGCAGUUCGAGAUUGAUGCAUUUUAAGUGAACUGCCAAACAGUAGCAGACUCAAUUGAAGCCACAGUUUAAACCAAGUCAUCGAUAAUUCCGUACCAUCAGAGCCUGUGCAGUCUUAUGUACUUCGAGUGGGGCACAAACAUGAGAAGAGUUACAGCCGCGGUACAGCAACAACCAACAAAACAAACAGAGAACUAAGAGACUAUGCAUCUGUUUCCGGGAAGGCAGUAUGCAUUUUCCAAACGCUACACGCCGAUGGGAAGAAAGGAUGCAUUAAAGAAUAAAUAAUUUAAAUAUCAUAGUAAGGCCAGAUGUUUAAUGUUUAAGAAGGACAGUGAACGCAGAAGCGCACAACAAAAGGUGGAAAAACGCUCCAAGGAAUGGAAGGAACUGUUGUGGUCGCAGCCAGGAACAGAAGGAAUAGUCAGUCAGUCAAGUCAGUCAGUCAGGUGCCGUUCAGGGCAACAACCCGCAAAGGACAACGUCGCAUUUAGCGACAUUUUUAUGAAGUGAAUGAAAACCAAAACCGUGUAAUAAUAAUGUACUAUUAGUAAGGAAGAUUCAUUCUUUUUUUUUGCAUGUGAGAAAAUAAAUUCAACAACGGCAACAAAACCAAAACAAGCUCACCCGAGAGGAUUGAUGCGGGAGCAUUAGCCAGGAUGAACGAAUUUGUCGGAACAAUAA